ACCGGAUUGGCUGCGCCCGGGCGCUGAGGCCCGGCCCAUUUCCCCGGGUCCUUUGAUCACGCGCCUGACGGCUUUUCCGGGGCCGGGGAGCCAACCGAGGGCGUUCCUGUCGGGGCUGCAGCGGCGGGAGGUAAGGCAUGGCCAGGCCGGCUGGGCUGCAGAGCGCCGGCACGGGUCCACGCCUCGGGGUGCCGGGCUUCCAGGAUGUUCGGGCGCGGGGCGGCUCAUCCGCGUCCCCCAACACCCCCCACCUCCGGCCUGAGCCUCCCAGCGCCGUGGGAACCACCUCCUGUCCGCUGUUGCUGGCCCGCAUCCUAGCAGCGGCCUGACGCCCUCCCCCCUGGCAUGCCCCCUUGGCCUGGGACGAUGAGCAUACGACUGGGGAGCCCAGUGGAGGCGCCCUCCCGAAGUGCCACUGCCCAUGCUGACCAACCACCCAGCCCUCCGGCUGCUGAUGUCAUGAGUAACACCACUGUGCCCAAUGCCCCCCAGGCCAACAGCGACUCCAUGGUGGGCUAUGUGUUGGGGCCCUUCUUCCUCAUCACCCUGGUCGGGGUGGUGGUGGCUGUGGUGAUGUAUGUACAGAAGAAAAAGCGGGUGGACCGGCUGCGCCAUCACCUGCUCCCCAUGUACAGCUAUGACCCAGCCGAGGAACUGCAUGAGGCUGAGCAGGAGCUUCUCUCUGACAUGGGAGACCCCAAGGUGGUACAUGGCUGGCAGAGUGGCUACCAGCACAAGCGGAUGCCGCUGCUGGAUGUCAAGACGUGACCUGACCCCCUUACCCCACCCUUCAGAGCCUGCGGUCCUGGACUGCCUGGGGCCCUGCCGUCACCCUGCUUCCCCUGCCAUCACCUGGCUCCCCCUGCUGGGUGCUGGGUCUCCAUUUCUCCCUCCACCCACCCUCAGUAGCAUCUGCUUCCCACGCCCUCACCAUCACCUCACUACCCCCAGGCCUUCUGCCCUUUGUGGGUGUCAAGCUCACUGCCCACCCACAGGCACUCAUGGGAGGUUUUCCUUCUGGGAUGGGGGCGGCUGGGAGACACCUUUGCUUUCUCUAGCCCUCCUGGGCUUGGCUUGGGCAUAAAUCCCCAGGAGGGCUUUGGAGUUGUUUCCAUGGUGAUGGGGCCAGAUGUAUAGUAUUCAGUAUAUAUUUUGUAAAUAAAACGUUUUGUGGCUAGG